UCCACUGGGCGUGACUCGAUGAUUGUUGCUUGUUGCUUUUGUUUAUUUUGAUUUUUAUUUGUGAUGGAAAAACGCCGGAAUCCUUCGAAUUCGGCCGCUUGUCUCGCAGAUUAACAAAAAUUGUUCGAUCGCCGAAAAGUGUUUCAAUUUUCUACCCAUUUUGAGAAUCUUUUGACGGCGCUUUCUAGUUGAGGGAAGGCUCGACUCGAUUCACUUUUGCGAGACAUGGAGGACCAUUCUGAAAUUUUUGCCAAUACCACGGAGAGAGAUAAAAUGACGGACAUCUGGGAGAUUGCGGCGAAAUAUCCAGAUUUACAAAUAGUUACAAUUGAGAAGCGUGAGCACAUCUACUCGGCUAAAGCAGGACGUUGCUUCAGGUGUGGACGGAAAUAUGAAGAGAAUAUAAGUGUCCACAAACCACCAGACAAGAGUAAAGAAUCAGAAAGAAGAGCCAGUUGGGUGAAGAAUCUGGGAAAUGAGAGGUUGCACGACAUAGACUUUCUUGUUUGUUCUGCAAAUUUCUCAGAAAAACAAUUCAACCCCUCUUUUCUAAUGAGAAAGCAAUUAAUGGGCAGCGAGAAAUUUAAACCGUAUCACGCCCUUUUACCUUCUGCAGUCCCCGAUGUCCCAAAUGGUUGCUUGUAUAGAAAAAUGGACGUCAUCUACGAGGAACUAGUUCCUGCUGCUGCAAAAUCCAGGGAUUCAAGUGAAGCAUCAGCUCACAAUGAUGGAAAAAUUAAUGGUUUAUAUUGGCAUUCAAUAAAAAUAAAAAUCAUAUAGAAGUAAUUUUUUC